UUCUUGAUAUUCACUCCAAUACCGAGGCCAAAAGCAUCCUCAACCGCAUUAAAAAAAGGUAAAAAAGAGUCAAAAUCCUAGAACGGGGGCCCUUUGGCCAAACCGGAGCAUCGGAUGCCGUUUAAAAGCCCAAGCCCCUUUCCCGCACCAAUGGCGACUCCAGCUUUCCCACGAGGCGUCUCUCUGCAUUCCAAACCCUAACCCUAGCCCUAGUUCUGUCGUCUUCACUCCGAUCCCCACUCCCAUCUCUACUAUGGCCACCACGCAGGCGCGAAAGGCGGCCCCGCCGCCGGUGAUCGGAAAGGCGGGGAGGUACACCGUCUUCAUCACCCCGCCGCCGACUCCCAAGCUCUCUGAAGCCCCAAGACCCCUGAGCUCUAGUUCUAAGCUGAGCCCUAGCCCCAGUCCAAGAAAUGUGGCUCCUUUGUCGGUCAGUGUGCCUCCACCGUCUCCGUCGCCGACGCCGGCGCCCCCACCGGUUCAGGUCCCGCCACAGCAGUUCGAGAAACCUGCCGCUCGGCCGUCGGGUUCCGUGUUUGGAUUCUUCUCGGACGCCAUCGCCAAAGUCCAAGAUGUGCAUUCGAGCUUGGACGAGUACCUGGCUGAUUGGUUUGGGUUGAACCGAUCGAAGUAUCAGUGGGCAUUGAAUGAUUACUACGAAAACAACGGAAAGAUGGAAGCUGGCAAAGUUUGUAAACCAAAAGAACUUACCAGCAAAGGGCAAGCUGUGUAAUAUCCGUAUGCAUGUUGUUUGUUGUUCUGAUGUGUGGUCGUAAUGAUUAUCUGAAUCACUGGUGCCAAUUGUAUGACCAUGCGGCAGCAUUGAAGGGGUCUCCAUUCAUAAUGGUCACCUAGUUUUAACACCAUGCAGCAGUUGCAAUUAAAUUGCACCAGUCCAGUUGAGGUGUAAAUGUUUGACAAACAGGAUUAUUAUAGUCGCAAAUGUUACCUUUUUUUAAAAAAAAAUUAUGCUCUAUGGGAGAUGGUAUAUCUUUGUUCUGGGCUUUUUUUUGAACUGAUUAGUCAUCAUUAAUCAGCAAUAGCAAGCAUAGAAUUUCAUAUUCAGAUCA